AUGUCUUCUUCGAGAGGAGGGCCAUCGCAGCAGAGUACACCUGCGCAGCGGAGGAUUACGCGCACCCCAACAGUGGGGAGUCUAGGAGAGUCCAUUUUUGAUAGUGAAGUAGUGCCCUCAUCCUUGGUGGAAAUUGCGCCCAUUCUUCGUGUUGCCAAUGAAGUGGAGCCUAGCAACCCCCGAGUCGCCUACCUCUGUAGAUUUUAUGCUUUUGAAAAGGCGCAUAGGCUGGACCCCACUUCGAGCGGACGUGGUGUUCGACAAUUUAAAACAGCUCUUUUACAACGUCUUGAAAGGGAGAAUGAUCCUACUUUAAUGGGCAGAGUGAAAAAAAGUGAUGCACGAGAAAUGCAGAGCUUUUAUCAGCAUUACUACAAAAAGUAUAUCCAAGCUUUACAAAAUGCUGCAGACAAAGCUGAUCGCGCACAGCUCACAAAAGCAUACCAAACAGCUAAUGUUCUGUUUGAGGUUUUGAAAGCAGUCAAUCAGACCCAAGCCGUGGAAGUUGAUCGUGAGGUAUUAGAAACCCAUGAUAAAGUUGCAGAGAAGACAGAGAUUUAUGUCCCUUAUAACAUUCUACCUCUUGAUCCUGAUAGUGCCAAUCAGGCAAUCAUGAAAUACCCGGAGAUUCAAGCAGCUGUACAUGCGCUUCGUAACACUAGAGGUCUUCCAUGGCCUAAGGAUUACAAAAACAAGAAGGAUGAAGAUAUCCUUGACUGGCUUCAAUCUAUGUUUGGUUUUCAGAAAGAUAAUGUGGCAAAUCAAAGGGAACAUUUGAUUUUGCUGCUUGCUAAUGUACACAUACGGCAGUUUCCAAAGCCUGAUCAACAACCUAAGUUGGAUGAGCGUUCUCUAGAUGAAGUUAUGAAGAAGCUUUUCAAGAACUAUAAGAAAUGGUGCAAGUAUCUGGAUCGUAAAAGUAGCCUGUGGUUACCCACUAUACAACAGGAAGUGCAACAGCGAAAAUUGUUAUAUAUGGGUCUUUAUCUUCUUAUAUGGGGUGAAGCUGCAAAUAUAAGAUUCAUGCCAGAGUGCCUCUGCUAUAUCUAUCAUCAUAUGGCUUUUGAGCUUUAUGGUAUGCUCGCUGGAAAUGUCAGCCCAAUGACUGGUGAAAAUGUGAAGCCAGCUUAUGGAGGAGAAGAAGAGGCUUUCCUUAAAAAAGUAGUUACCCCAAUUUAUGAAGUGAUUGCUCAGGAAGCUGCAAGGAGCAAACAAGGGAGAUCAAAACACUCAGAGUGGAGAAAUUAUGAUGAUUUAAAUGAGUCUGUAAGUUGUUUUCGUUUGGGUUGGCCUAUGCGUGCUGAUGCUGAUUUUUUCUGUAAGACUGUUGACCAGCUUAGGAGUGAAAGGGAUGGAGAAAUAAGGCCUACUACACAUAGGUGGGUGGGGAAAGCUAAUUUCGUUGAGAUCCGUUCAUAUUGGCAUAUAUUUAGAAGCUUUGAUAGGAUGUGGAGUUUCUUCAUACUUUGCUUGCAGGCCAUGAUUAUUGUUGCUUGGAAUGGGUCUGGACAGCCGAGUGCAAUUUUUGGUUCUGACGUUUUCAAGAAAGUACUGAGCAUCUUUAUAACUGCUGCAAUUUUGAAACUUGGACAAGCCAUUCUUGACUUAAUCCUGAACUGGCAAGCUAGAAGGAGCAUGUCUUUCCAUGUCAAGUUACGAUACAUUCUGAAGGUUUUGGUGGCUGCUGCUUGGGUGGUCAUUUUACCUGUUACCUAUGCUUAUUCAUGGAAAGGUAGUCCACCUGGUUUUCUUCAAACUAUUAAAACCUGGUUCGGGCAUAGCUCGAGUGCCCCCUCUUUGUUCAUCCUGGCCGUUGUUAUCUACCUCUCCCCAAAUUUACUUGCCGCCAUCUUGUUUCUUUUCCCCUUUAUCCGCCGUUUUCUCGAGAGCUCCAAUUACAAGAUAGUGAUGCUAAUGAUGUGGUGGUCCCAGCCUCGUCUGUAUGUAGGAAGGGGAAUGCAUGAGAGUGCAUUUUGUCUCUUCAAAUACACGUUAUUCUGGGUGCUUCUCCUCAUUACGAAGUUGGCUUUCAGUUUCUACAUAGAGAUAAAGCCUUUGGUUGGCCCAACGAGAACCAUCAUGGAUGCUCAUGUAACAAGUUACCAUUGGCAUGAGUUUUUUCCUCAAGCUAAGAACAACAUCGGUGUCGUGGUUGUAAUCUGGGCACCAGUUAUAUUAGUCUACUUCAUGGAUGCACAAAUCUGGUAUGCUAUAUUCUCUACAUUGUUUGGAGGUGUAUAUGGCGCUUUUCGUCGGCUUGGAGAGAUUAGAACACUGGGAAUGCUUAGGUCAAGAUUUCAGUCAUUACCUGGUGCUUUUAAUGCAUGCUUAAUUCCAGAGGAGAAAAACGAGACGGUAAAAAAGAAAGGACUGAAGGCUAUAUUUGCACGCAAGUUUGAAGUGAUUCCAUCAAGUAAAGAGAAAGAGGCUGCAAGAUUUUCUCAGUUGUGGAACAAAAUAAUCACGAGUUUCAGAGAGGAGGAUCUUAUAAGUAACAGGGAAAUGGAUCUGCUGCUUGUUCCGUAUUGUGCUAAUCGUGAUUUGGAGAUAAUACAAUGGCCUCCUUUUCGGCUUGCCAGCAAGAUCCCAAUAGCAGUGGAUAUGGCUAAAGACAGUAAUGGAAAAGAUAGUGAGCUGAGAAGACGGAUUAAGUCUGAUGAUUACAUGUACUCUGCUGUCUGUGAGUGCUAUGCUUCAUUUAGGAACAUCGUUAAACUGUUAGUUCGUGGAAAACGGGAGAAAGAAGUCAUUGAAUACAUUUUUUCUGAAGUUGACAAGCACAUAGCGGAGGAUGAUCUGUUAGCUGAAUACAAGCUCAGUGCUCUUCCAAGUCUUUACAAUCUUUUUGUUGAGCUUGUCAAGUACUUGCUCGACAAUAAACUGGAGCACAGGGAUCAAGUUGUGAUUCUUUUCCAGGAUAUGCUGGAAGUUGUAACCAGAGAUAUAAUGCUGGAAGAUCACAUUUCCAACUUAUUAGACUCGAUUCAUGGUGGACCGGGCCAGGAAGGAAAUGUGCCUUUUGAUCAACAAUAUCAGUUGUUUGCAUCAGCUGGGGCAAUCAAAUUUCCUAUUCCCGAUUCAGAAGCUUGGAAAGAGAAGGUCAAGAGGUUGUAUUUGUUGCUGACAGUUAAGGAAUCUGCAAUGGAUGUACCAUCAAACCUUGAAGCAAGAAGGCGUAUUUCUUUCUUCUCCAAUUCUUUAUUCAUGGACAUGCCUUCGGCGCCUAAAGUCCGCAAUAUGUUGUCUUUCUCUGUUUUGACUCCGUAUUACACGGAGGAGGUUCUCUUCUCAUUGCCUGAGCUAGAAGUGCCAAAUGAAGACGGUGUUUCCAUUCUCUUUUACUUACAGAAAAUUUUCCCAGAUGAAUGGAAUAAUUUCCUUGAGCGUGUCAAGUGUUUCAGUGAAGAAGAGCUUAGAGGAUCUGAUGAAUUAGAAGAGCAGCUACGCCUUUGGGCAUCAUACAGGGGGCAGACAUUGACAAGAACUGUAAGAGGAAUGAUGUACUACCGCAAAGCAUUAGAAAUUCAAGCAUUCCUUGAUAUGGCCAAGGAUGAUGAUUUGAUGGAAGGCUAUAAGGCUAUUGAGCUGAACGAGGACCAAAUGAGGGGAGAAAGGUCACUUUGGACACAAUGCCAAGCAGUUUCAGACAUGAAGUUUACUUAUGUCGUGUCCUGUCAGUUAUACGGUAUUCAAAAACGAUCUGGCGACCCUCGUGCUCAAGAUAUAUUGAGACUUAUGACCACUUAUCCAUCUCUUAGAGUGGCUUAUAUAGAUGAAGUUGAAGAGCCGAAUAAAGACAAGUCCAAGAAAGUUAAUGAUAAGGUUUACUAUUCGACUCUUGUCAAGGCUGCUCUACCUAAGUCGAACUCGUCAGAGCCAGGACAGAAUCUGGACCAGGUAAUAUAUCGUAUAAAACUUCCAGGCCCUGCUAUCUUGGGUGAAGGGAAACCUGAAAACCAGAAUCACGCCAUUAUUUUCACGCGUGGGGAAGGCUUGCAAACAAUUGAUAUGAAUCAGGACAAUUACAUGGAAGAGGCCCUGAAAAUGAGAAACUUGCUUCAAGAAUUUCUUAAAAGGCAUGACGUGCGGCAUCCAUCAAUUCUUGGUUUGAGGGAACAUAUCUUUACUGGAAGUGUUUCUUCUCUUGCCUGGUUUAUGUCAAAUCAGGAGACAAGUUUCGUGACUAUUUGUCAGAGAUUGUUUGCCAACCCUCUCAAGGUCCGGUUUCAUUACGGCCAUCCGGAUGUUUUUGAUCGACUAUUUCACCUAACAAGAGGUGGGGUGAGUAAAGCAUCCAAGGUUAUCAACUUGAGUGAAGACAUAUUUGCUGGCUUUAAUUCUACACUUCGAGAGGGCAAUGUGACCCACCACGAAUACAUACAAGUGGGUAAAGGAAGAGAUGUGGGGCUUAACCAGAUUUCUCUGUUUGAGGCCAAGAUAGCCAAUGGCAAUGGGGAACAGACUUUGAGUCGCGAUUUAUAUCGCCUGGGGCAUCGUUUCGACUUUUUUCGGAUGCUAUCAUGCUAUUUCACCACGAUUGGUUUUUAUGUCAGUACCUUGUAUUNCUACGGCCGCCUCUACCUCGUCCUCAGCGGAAUCGAAAAAACCCUAAGCAGCCAGCCCGAAAUCCGUCAGAACAAACCUCUUGAAGUCGCCCUCGCCUCCCAAUCCUUCGUCCAGAUCGGUUUCCUCAUGGCCCUCCCAAUGAUGAUGGAAAUCGGUCUCGAAAAAGGCUUCGGCUCCGCACUCUGCGAAUUCGUCCUCAUGCAGCUCCAGCUGGCGCCCGUUUUCUUCACAUUCUCCCUCGGCACAAAAACACACUACUACGGCCGAACCUUACUCCACGGCGGCGCUAAAUACCGGGCCACGGGCCGCGGUUUUGUCGUGUUCCAUGCAAAGUUUGCCGAGAACUAUCGACUCUACUCGCGAAGCCAUUUUGUGAAGGCGCUCGAACUAAUGAUACUGUUGCUCGUUUAUCAGAUAUUUGGGACUUCGUACAGGAAUACGGUUGCGUACGUGAUUAUUAUGGUGUCCAUGUGGUUUAUGGUGGGGACGUGGCUUUUCGCGCCUUUUCUUUUUAAUCCGUCAGGAUUCGAGUGGGGGAAGAUUGUGGAUGAUUGGGCGGAGUGGAAUAAGUGGAUUGGGAAUAGAGGGGGGAUUGGGGUGCCGCCGGAGAAGAGUUGGGAGUCGUGGUGGGAGGAAGAAGGGGAACAUCUUCGACACUCGGGAAAGCGCGGGAUUUUGGUCGAGGUUUUGUUGGCGCUUAGAUUUUUUGUGUAUCAGUAUGGGCUAGUUUAUCACUUGCAUAUCACGAGGCAUACGAGGAGCGUAUAUGGCAUAUCAUGGCUGGUGAUACUUCUGAUUCUUUUUGUCAUGAAGACAAUUUCUGUUGGACGAAGGAAAUUCAGCGCAAAUUUCCAACUUGUUUUCCGACUGAUCAAAGGUUUAAUCUUUGUCACAUUCAUGUCCAUCCUCGCCAUUUUGAUUGCUUUCGCACGUCUAUCUCCUCGCGAUAUUUUCAUCUGCAUACUCGCUUUCAUGCCCACUGGUUGGGGUUUACUUCUGAUUGCACAAGCAUGUAAGCCUGUGGUUGAAAGAGCUGGGUUCUGGGGUUCGGUUAGAACUCUUGCACGAGGCUUUGAAAUUGUUAUGGGUUUGCUUCUAUUUACUCCGGUGGCUUUUCUCGCAUGGUUCCCAUUCGUUUCUGAGUUCCAAACUCGAAUGCUGUUCAACCAAGCCUUCAGCAGAGGCCUUCAGAUUUCUCGUAUUCUUGGCGGCCACAGGAAGGACAGAUCCUCCAGGAACAAGGAGUGAUAGCUUUUAUAAUGUCUGCAUGCAAUUGCAUGUAUAUUAUUAUUUAUUUAGUC